UGUUACACAUGUACAGGGGACUCCAGAACCACUGCCCGACUCCUCACCACCAUGAAAUCCUACAAGUGCUCUGUUUUCACCCCGAGCUGUGUUUGUUCCACAGGCACAAUCCCCCCAUGCCCAGGCGGGCACGGCCACGGCGGCGCCCGGGGGAGAGCUACGAGGAGAGGAGCGAGCGGCGACACGAGGCCAGGGAGAGCCUGCUCCGCAGGGACAAUGCCACCACCUGCCGCCACCUGGCCCGGCCAGCCCCGGGACCGGCACAGAGCCCCCGGCAAACCGAGUUCCUGAGGAGGAGGAACCUGCUGAGCGAUGCCACGGGGACACYGCUGGGACAGGAGCCCGAGGAACGAGUCCCUCCGGACCCCUCGUCACGGCUGGAGGUGGGACCGAGCAUCCUGCUCCAGGUACACCCUGCUCUUGCAGCUCGGCUCAAAGCUCAGAUCAAAGCUCAGAUCAAAGCUCAGCCUGCUUCACAAAACCCCUGCCCUGCAGCUCAGCUCAAACCUCAUCCUACUCCAGCCACAUUCCCCACAGCACAGCCCCCGCUCCAGCUCAGCCUCCCCCCGGCACCAGGGCUCUCCGUGAACACCCAAGGAACGCAGACCCUGCCGAGCCCCAGCCCAGGGGUGAAGGAUUGCAGCCAGCAGACAGACUGGGGAAUAGCAGUUUUAAAUAAGGAAAUUGUGCAGCUCUCCAACUACCUGAAGGUAGGUACCAAACAGUGCUCAGCACCCUCUGGGACAGCUGUUUUUUUUAUCAAGAAUAAUACUUUUAAAAUUGAUAUUCACCAGGGCAGGCUGGCACCAUCCCAGCCAUCAGAUGGCAUCAGCCCCACACAGUUUUUGUGUCCUGGUGCUGGGAGAUCCAGCAUUUCUGCUGUCACCAGGGCAGGCUGGCACCAUCCCAGCCCUGGGUGCCCUUCUCCUCCCCAGAGAAGCCUGGCAGAGGCCAGAGAAGACCUCGCCCUGCGGAAAGAACACGACACAGCCCUGAGAGCCGAACUGAGCCAGGUGACCACGGCCCACGCCGAGCUCACAAACAGCUUCCAGGCUUUGCAAAGCCAGCUCCAGCGGGCGGAGGAGCAGAAGGAGAGGCUGAGCCGGGAGCUGCGGCUGCUGCGGGAYGAGCACUCGGAGCUGCUGCACGGAGCCAGCGCCCUGCGCAGCGACAAUGACCGCCAGGCUGGCCACAUCCGCCACCUCCAAGAUAAACUGCAAAAAGAGCAAGAGCAGAAGGUGACGUUGGAGGCAACMAUCAGCCAUUUGCAGAACUUGAUCCACAACCAGAACAACCAAUGGAAGAGGCAGGAGGUGUCGGUGCAAAGGAAAGACCAGGUUUCCACCACACAGACCCCAYCUCUCACUCCUGCCAAGGAAAAACAAAAUGCUGUGCUAGAGCACCCCGAGGAGGAGGAGGGAAAAGAAAGGCUGAAGGAUGAGAUGCAGAAAAGGACAUCCCAGCUGAGAGCAAAGGAGAACGAGGAUCACCAGGAUGCUCCAGAGGCAGAGCAGGGCCAUGUCCCUGCACAGGGACAGCGCUGUGGCCACUGUGGGAGCCCGGCCAGCCCGGCCACCCCGGCUGUGUGCCAGCAGCAGGGGACACCUCCUGCUCAGAGCCCCUCGCUGUGCUYGCAGUGCUCGGAGCUGCGCUGGGAGCUGGAGGCGCUGAGCGAGGAGUACCAGUCGUGCCUGAGCCGGCUGCGCCAGUGCCGGGACGAGCUCAACCGCUCCCACGGCAGCCGGGCACAGAGACAGCGCUGUCACUGGAUCCCUUUCCUGGUGGCAGUGACAGCAGCGGCCAUCGCUGUCUUCCUCGGGAGUUACARGCUGUGAAGGAGCUCUUUGAUGGCUGAUUUCACUGCAGGAACUUCACUGCAGGCUGACUUCACUGUAUAAACGGACCUCUGCUUCACCAAAAGCAACGUGACCUCACCGUACGUUCUGCUGUUUUGUACAUGCACGUUUGGUUCAUACCCCGAGCUGGUCUCUCUCCAGCCAAUUCCCAAUAAACGGGGAGAUCCCCCUUUCCCGAGCUGUGAUUAUUCUGUUCCUGCUGAAGGCUGCACUGCCCAGUUCCUGAGGCACUGAUGGACAGAGCCCCUCUGGUCACCGCUGCCAUGGCUCCACAGGGCAAGGGGGACAGGGCAUCCCGUGCCCUUGGGAUCCAGCCUGCUUGGGUUUUAUGCCCCCCAAAUUCUCUUCCUGUAUUUAUUGCCUCCCUAAAUGGGAGGUGCUCAAUCCUGGGCCAUCUCUACUCUCACCUGACAAACAAACCCAGCUCARGGGGGCUUUUAGCAGUCCCCUCAUGUGUCCUUUUCCCACCUCCCACCUACCGGGCCCUGUUCUAUCCCAUUCUUCCCGCCU